GUUUUGAUUCAACGUAUUCUGCACCCAGGCACAGCCAACAGCUUUCCACCCAGCCGUUGAUGUUACCCCGCAUGAGGAGAGGUGUGUUGUUUCCAUCUCACCAGGCACACCGGGUGACACGAACCUCCAUAGAUCGUCAUCUCCACUGCAUGGGCCGCCGGAUUGGCGCGCCGGAGCCCGCGGAUUGGCCAUGUUCACUUCCCGCGCUUUGGCUACGAGGCAGCUGUUGAUGGCCUCGGCGGGUACUGACGUUGGCAAGUUGGGGGGCGCCAUCUGCGCCAGGCUUCGCCAGGAGGGCCAGGCAGAGGUCCAGGCGAUGGGGCCCGCGGCGCUCCAACGGGCGCUCAGAGGGUUGCUACGCUGCCGCUACUGGCUGCAGCAGGAACGUCCGGGCCACGAGACGUACCUCUCAGUGGAGGCGAUCCACCAUGAAGCCGGCAGCAAGGCCGAGCAGGCCAUGGGCGAGCUGCGCUUGGCCGUGCUGUUGCGCCCGCGGGUGGUCUCGGCAGCCUCUGAGGAGGAUGUGGUGGUUUCACAGAAGAGCAACAUCGGGAAAUUGGGCGCCUAUGUUUCUUCGCGCUUGGCGGAGGACGCUGAAGUUCGCCUCGCUGUGCGCAGCGUGGGGCCCAAGGCGGGCAGCCAGGCCCUAAGGGCCCUGUCCAUCGCCACCAGGUUGGUGGCGAAGGAUGGAUACCGCUUGCUACUGGCGCCGCGCGAGGAGGAGAAGGCCGAGGAUGCCGGACCGUCCGUGCGGCAGCUGGUGCUGGUUUGCCAUCGGAUGCCCUUGGAAGAAUGAACCGCACAAAAGCGCGUGCUGCUUCGCGCAGCAGGGCCUGCAGGGUUUCACUAGCGCUUCAGGGCGCGGAUAUGGAAUACAUGCCCCAUCUGCAUGUGCAGCAUGCUGAUGAAGCCAAAUACAUGGAACAGAGGGCAUGAAAAGAAAGGUAUACCGUAGAAGCCUUUAAGAAAGGCUCCACAGCAUUCCCCGGCCAGACUUGUUCAUCUCCGGCGUUUGAGUGCACCAUUGAGUGCACCAAAGGGUCUUGCAGCAGUUAAGGCAAUGAAUUCAAUGAAUCGGAUUAAUCUUCAGGUGCUGGGCUGGGUGCCCCGAUGGGCGCAGGAUGAGCCCCAUUUGGGGU